UAGAAACAAAUCGCCAGAGGUGCAUCCUCAGCAUUUUCUUCCCUUGAAACCAGCGAAAGGUCUCGGAGCAUCAUUUCUCCUGCAAGCUCCAAUCCCUUUUCCAAAUGGGAGACUCCCAUGUCAUCAACGCCGUUGAGCAGCCACCAGCCAGGACGGUUCUAUGUAUCGGAGACAUCCACGGUUUCUUUUCCAAGCUCCAAUCCCUUUGGGCCAACCUCGAGGCUGAAGUCGGCACCGCCGCCUUCCAAACUGCCCUCGUUAUCUUUCUCGGCGACUACUGCGACCGAGGCCCGCAGACCCGUGAAGUCAUCGAGUUCCUUUCCUCCCUUUCCUCUCGUUACCCCAACCAGUCCCACGUUUUUCUUUGCGGCAAUCACGAUCUUGCCUUCGCAGCAUUCGUAGGUGCACUCCCGCCGCCGCCGGAUGGAUCACCGUUUUCCGCUACAUGGGCGGAAUUUGAGCGCAGUAAGGACCGCGAGGGUUGGUUCGAUGGCGAGGGGUACGAGCGGAUGCACGUCCAGGGAAGGCGGUGGGGCGGAUUCAUCCGCGAUAAGUGGAAUCCCAAGAAGAAUAUGGUUUACAAGGGCUCAAUCUACGAUGCCGAACCCACUUUCGAGUCAUAUGGCGUUGCUCACGGAUCUCCAGGUUUUAUGGUUACUCGUUUUUUUUCCGAAUUUUGUUUGAUUUCGGGUCUUACUAUCUCCACCUUUUUUUUUUGUUUUUUAAACUUGCGCAUGUAUCUGAUAAUUGUGACUCAAUUUAAUCUUCGGAAGUGA